AAGUCAGGAAAAGCAUUCAAAUCACUGACAGUCAAGGUGACAAUCAGCUUGACAUAGAGCACUUUCCUUCUCAAACAAGGCAUAUUUUCUGUGGCAGAAGGUGGAACACAGAAAGGAAAGGAGCACCUGUGACCUGGACUGACCCCAACACUGAAUACCCAAGUUCAGGACAAGGACUGAAUCCUCCUUUCUCCUUUUCCAAGACUAAAUCAUCCUCCUGACCCUUCUGCUGUGGGGCUAUUACCUUCAUAGUAGGAGUACUUCCACCUGAUUCCUCUAUACCAGCUCCACCCCCAACCCCUUCCCUCAGGAUCCAACCUAAGGCUCUGGGUGUCAGAACAAAAGUGAAAGGAAACAUGAGUUCAGAGGAGUCCGAGCAAUCUACAGAUCUGGAUGCUUACGACAUGUCACAUGCCCUCCUGGCUCUGACCCUGUGUAACACCAAGGACCGAGCAGGAUCAGAAACUGAUAUCAAGGCACUGGAGCAGAUGUACAAGGCCCUGGGCUUUCAGAGCACAGUGAAGAGGAACCUUACAGCUAAGGGUUUCUGGGAGGAGCUGGAGAAGUUCAGAGAUGACAUGGAGAAGAUGGAAGACCCAGUGAGCUGCUGCUUUGUGGUACUCAUGGCACAUGGCGAGGAAGGCAUCCUGCUAGGGGUUGAUGGCAAAACCAUUAUGUUGGAGGAACUCUUUUCUAUGCUCACUAACAAGAAUUCCCUGGCUCUUCGGGGCAAGCCCAAGGUGUUCAUUGUACAAGCCUGCAGAGGAGAACAGAAAGAUCCUGGUGAGGUGGUUCGACCAGCAGAGAGCGGAGGGAAUGUCUUCUUGUCAAGUGAACAGCCUCCCAAGCUCCCAACCUACACAGACAUCCUGCAUGUCUUUGCGACUGUGGAGGGAUACAUUGCCUAUCGGCAUGAGGAGGACGGUUCCUUUUUCAUCCAGACCCUGGUGGAUGUGUUCACAAAUAAUACAGGCCACAUCCUGGAUCUCCUGACUGAGGUAACCCAGCGCAUGGCUGCAGCUGACCUGAUAGAAGGAGGCAAGCCUAGGAAGGUGAACCCUGAGGUCCAGAGCACUCUCCGAAAGCUGCUGUAUCUGAGAUAGUGGGAAGGUUCUUGGAUUGAGGAGUCUUAACUUCCUGAGCCCAUGAAUUCAAGAGCUUGUGUCCAGAAGCCUUGGAAGGCCAGAGAAGUUGGAAUGUGCCUGUCUCCUCCACCCCUUCCAUGCCCAAAUGGUAGUUAUCCUCUUUCUCCAUUACUCACCAAGCACUUGGGCCCAGGUUCUAAUCCUCUCGCUUGCUUCACUCCGUCCAUUUGUUACCUAUCACUUCCCAUGUAGAAGAGGGCCUGAGAUCUAUGGGCAGCUAGAGCCCUUGAAUCUUUAUUUCAUAGACUCCUAGGAUCCUUUCAAAGAUCAUUGAUUUCACUGACACUAACCCAUAUUUCCAAUAUGUCCCACCUUAAUAGAGAAAGUCUCUUUAGUCUUUCUUGUCCCCUGAGAGCCAUUCUCUAGUGAUAGUUGUCUGCUUGUAGCUAGUGGUCCAGUUCUCAAAACAUAUUCCUGCUUGGUAAAACACUCACUCUGCUGGCAUAACCUGUAAGACCAAGGGAUCACAUUAAAAAUUCAAGACAUUUGUAAAUUUUAUCUAUGUGGAUCUUCCCUCCACCACAAUGCAGACUUCAAGUAAAAUCCCAGUCAAAAAACAAAAAUCACCAUCACCAGAAAACACAUCUGCUUCUGGUGGGCCUCUCUAAUCACACAGUUGGGUUAAUAACCACUAGUCCCACCUCCUCAAAGCCUUCUCAGAUUAUUCCAGUCCAUAAUGAUCAUGCCUCUUCUGACUUAACACACAUCUGUCCCCUAUGUGUAGCAUUAUAUGCUUGAUUAGAUACUGUCUUGAAUGGUUUUCUAUAUGCAUCCUAAUUACAAUAAUAAAGAUGAUAACUCCAUUUCUAUUGCAAUAAUGAUUUACAAAAUGUUUUCAUUAAAUGACUGUAUGCUGGA